AUGAAUGGAUCCACUGAACGUACUAAAUCACCGGAGGAAAAUCGACGCCUAACGAUCACUGUGAACCCGUCGAAUACAAAGCGUAAAUCUGUUGAGCUUUCCGUGGAGGCGUCGAAACUGGUACGGCGUACGUCGCUGCUACUAGCAAGCCCCGCAGGACCCGAGGCGGUGUUAUCACACGCUGAGGUUCAGCGGGGAGAGCGGCUACAACGUUUUGGUUCUAAAUACUUUGGAGCUUCAAAGUCUAAAAGCUGGCGACGACGAGAUGGCAAAAGUCUAGACACAAAGCGAUCCUCCAACCCAUCGCAUCCAUCAUGUGAUGGUAAGACUAAUAAAGAAGACGAAGAGGGCACGGAUGUGGUCGUCAAAUCACCGCGAAAUCCACUACCGCCCUGGUUUGUUGAGUUUCGUCAAAAGCUUCGUGUCGCUGUUAAAGCUCAGUGGUUUCGAGGUAUUUUGUAUUUUGUAGUACUCGCGGACAUGCUGGUCUUGGCACUGGAUAACGAAUACGUCAAGGGUUCCGCAUUACAACGACUGGAUCUCGCUUUCACGCUUCUACUACUGAUGGAGGUGGUCUUAAAAGGUAUAGCGUUUGGACUAUGGGGCAACAAGGAGGCCUACUUUCAACGAUCUCGAUAUCGAUUUCUUCAAGUGUCCUUGUUAAUUAUCAGUCUCAUAUCUCAUCGUCGAGGAGGUGGUAAUACGUGGAAAGUGCUGCGUGGACUUAAAACCGCAAGGAGUCUAACUCUCUACUCGGGGUUACGACGAAUUCUCAAGGCAUUGAUGCGUGCAGUACCAUUUCUUGCUAAUGUCGGUACAUUGGCGAUGUUCGGACUGCUAGCCUUCUCCAUCUUUGGCCUGGAAGCGUACAGUGGAUCGUACGACGCGCAAUGCACGAUCUCACCACCGGAAGAAGACGAUUACAGCUUUCUUUUCAGCUCAUCUUCAGCAUCAGCAGCGUCUUCAAUAGGAACGAUGACGAUGGAGGCACUGGAGGCGUUACCUCGAGUGUAUUGCUCCACGAAUUCUAGCUGUGCCUCAAAUAACCAGGUGUGCGUAGCUGUGACUCCACCUUCGAGUCACGUCAACUUUGACACCGGGUUAUCAUCACUAUUUCUUGUUUUUCUGGUUGUGGCACAAGAUGGUUGGGUGACAGAUAUCAUGAAACCUGUGAUUGAAUCGUCUUCGUUCUUCAGUGUGCUCUUCUUCGUUGCUAUUGUGGCAUCCAUGGUUUUCCUUGUGGUCAAUUUGUUCGUGGCUGUUAUUACCACGGCUUUCAUGAAUUUCACACUUGACGAAGAAGGCGACAGGGAAAAACCGCACUAUAUGGGCAAACUCGACCCUGCGAUGGAGGAGACUCACGUGAAUAUGAUCAUGGGAGCGACGCUAGUCAUUGAGGACACAAUAAGCAACGACGAUGCUAGUGUCGGCACUGCGGAAGAGGCCCAAGAUGUCACUACAGUAGACCAAAAUGGAGAUGAAGAUGCCGGGGGUACUACCGAGAAGAAUACUGCUAUUGUAAAGCGUGAUACUUCCUAUUCAAGAUUGAGUGUAUCUUCAAUGGCAGACGAAGAUUUGACAUCUCAAGCUCGUAAUAGACGUCCUGCAAGCGCCCCAGUCUACAGCAAAACAGUACACAACAAAGAAGAAUACAUGACUCUAUUGGCAAAGAUGCACAAGUGGAAUUCGCUUCGUAACCUCACAGUGGAGACUACGAUGCAACUUAUCCAAAAUGGAGUGCUGAUGGAGGAACUCAUGGGCCCAUUGACUAGAUCAUUGCAAAAUGGAACCGGUGACGCAUUAGCCGAAGCCGCAAUUACCCCAGCAUCCCCUAUCGUCCCUCGAAAAAAGGCUUUGAAAAUGGAGGUGAUUCCUGAUCUCGAUGCGUUGAAUUUCUCGUCAUCAACACACGCCUUGGUGCUGCAAAAUACACCUUCUACUAGUCCCUUGUUCAUAAAAUUCCAGCGCUUUGUGCUGUCAAAGAAGUUUGACGACUUUAUCACCAUUAGUAUUCUCCUGAAUACGCUUUUCUUGUUAGUGGAGUAUCCGAACAUGAGCUCGGAACUAGACUUGAUACUGUCCGUAACCGAGUACGUCUUUGGUGUUAUUUUCCUCACUGAGAUGAUCAUGCGGAUCAUAGCGAUGCGAGGACUGCGAGUGUAUUUAAGCAGCACCGAACGGGUAUUUGACAUGGUGGUGGUGAUCUGUACGACAGUCAACCUCAUUCUCAACAAUUUGGAGACGAGCUUCAACGGUCUCAACAGUGUGUCAUCUCUACGAACGCUUCGUGUGACUCGCCUAAUGAUGAAGUACGAGGGCACUCGCAAAUUGAUCCAGUCUGUGCUCAAAUCUUCACGUGGAGUGAUGGACGUCGUCGUGUUCAUGCUGGUUUUCCAGGUCGUGAAUAGUAUUAUCGGUAUGCAGCUUUUCGGUGGUUCGCAUCUCGUAGGAAAAGAUGGAGAAGCGCCACGUUGGAACUUCGACACCUUUGGACGCUCGUUCUUGACCCUUUUACAGGUCAUUACAGGCGACCAAUGGUCCAGUAUUACGUACGAUGCGGUCGACGCUGCCAAACCGCACUGGUUCAUGGUCCCGUUUCUCAUUCUCAACUUCAUCGUGGGUCAGUAUGUGCUGCUAAAUCUCUUCAUUGCCGUCAUUCUGGAAAACUUUUCCAUCUCCGAAGAGGAAGCGUAUCAAUUACAGUUAGCGCAGAUCAUCGCUAUCCCUAAAGAACUCGACAUUUACGAGAAGAUUGAGGAAGUUGGUGUGCGUGCAUUCGGCGAGAUGGAUCAGCUUGAAAAUGUCAGCAACGUAAAGCUGCGUAUGUUUCUUGGAUUGGACGAUAGGAAAGAGGGUGAUAACAAGUCUGGUACGGCUGAAGCUGAGGCGCUGAGCUGUAAUAGUCUGCAGUCCUCAACGAACCUUCAAAAUGGUCUCACAAUGCCUCAAACGGCCACCCAGAUGAGGAACAAUCAUCGUGCAUCGCAGCGUGUAUCGGCUUGGAAAAAGUUGUGCAGACAAGUGGCAGUGAACGUCUGGUUUUCACGGCUAGUGCAGUUUAUGAUUCUAGUGAGCUGUGUGUGUCUCGUUCUGGAUGAACCUCAUCCCGAGAUGAGUAUGUCACCGCCAAGUGAGACGUUUGAUUUCGCUCUUACGACAAUGAGCCGCAUCGCCCUUGUCGUGCUCUUCAUCGAGUUUGUAGUGAAAGUUGGCGCGUCAGGAUUCGGAUUUGAGUAUUUGCGAGUGACGAUUUUCCAUAGUGAUGAAGUGCUGGGCUACGUACAUCGGCAAACAUACAUGGAGAACAAGUGGAAUCAACUGGAUCUGACGCUGCUUUUCCUGGCUAUAGCCGACGAGAUCAUCACGACAAUUAAUCCUACCGUGACGGCAUCGAGCGUCUUCCGCGCUGGUCGUGUGCUCCGACCGCUGCGAAUGCUGAAUCAUAACCACGAGAUGAAGGUUAUUCUCAACGCUGUGGCUCGCUCGUUGCCACACGUAGGAAACGUGUUGUCACUGUGUCUCAUCGUGUACAUUAUCUUCGGCGUUGUGGGUCGAUCUUUGUUCUCCGAGCAAUUUUACUUUUGCAAUGACAAUGACGUGACGUCUGCGGCGGAGUGUGUGGGCUUUUACUUGGUGUAUCCAGACGGCGUGUUACCAUUGCAAGAAGCUGCAGCGCGUGGUGUACCUGGUGGCGCCAUUCUGAUGCCUCGAGUAUGGCAAAACGCACGCUUUUCCUUUGACAACAUCGGAGCAGGAUUCCUCACGUUACUUGAAAUGACGUCGUUAAAAUGGGUCGACAAAGCGUUUGCGGCCAUGGAUAUCGCUGGAGUUGGCAAGCAGCCAGUGACGGAUGCCUCCGCCCAAGCUGCGAUCUUCUUCGUGCUCUACAUUUACGUGGGGUCUCUCUUCGUCAUUCGCUUGUUUGUCGGUGUGUUGGUCGAGCAAUUCCAACGCAACAACGGCACUGAAAUCCUCACUGAGAGUCAAAAGUCCUGGGUGGAUCUAGAGAAGUUCAUCUUACUGCUCAAGCCGCUGAAGAGUAUCCCUCGCCCUCGACUCAAGAUACAGGCAACGAUGUAUGACUUGUGCAAACACCCGUAUUUCUCCACGGGUAUUUCCAUCGCGAUCGUGUUGAAUCUGGUGCUUCUGCUGGUCAGUCCGAGAUCCGAGGGAGGCACGUCGCUGUCUUUCAAGGUCAUCGAGAUCAUUUUCCUCACGAUUUUCACGCUCGAAGCUUUGAUCAAGUGCAUCGGUCUUCGCCAGUAUUAUCUGCUACGACCACAAGGGAUCUUCGAGGUGGCAAUCCUAACCGGCUCGAUCGUUGCGUACUUCUUCGCUACUGGUUACCACUCGAUCAUCCAAGCAGGACGGAUAUUCCGCAUGAUGCGUGUGCUUCGCUUCGUGCACCUGAAUCGCGGAAUCUACACUGUUUACCAGACAUUUCGAGCAUCUCUGCGUCCGUUAGGACAGAUUUUCUUCCUCAUGUUCAUGAUCUACUUCAUCUUUGCCAUUGUGGCUCGUCAGCUCUUUGGUGGAGUGCGAUACGGCCCAGCGAUGAACUCGUUCUCCAACUUCCGCACCUUUGGCUCGGCUACUCUGCUGCUCUUCCAAAUCAUGUCGGGCGAUGAUUGGCAUCUCACUAUGACCGACUGUAUGGCUCAAAAGCCUUUCUGUGCUGAGAGAAUAAGCGCCACAACCGGUCGUGUGUAUUCGGACUGCGGCAGUGUGGCUGGAUCCGCCUUCUUCUUCAUCACGUACGUCACAUUGGUGGUGUUUGUCUUCCUCAAUCUCUUCAUCGCGGUCAUUCUCGAAAACUUCCGGAGUUGCUACUUGAAGAGCGACGUGUGUGCUGUGUCUCUGCUCGAUUUCGAGGCGUAUCGUGAAGUUUUCCUGCGCUAUGACGUACACAACACCGGGUACUUCCCACUGUGGCAGCUCGCAAGUUUUCUGUCCGAGCUUCCUCCUGGUCUUCGAGUCGACGCUCAUCGCGAACGGAUAGCAUUUCUACAGCUGCGAACUCAAGCUCAAGCGCAGUGGGGGCCAGCAGUCGAUGGUCGUAAACGUCCCUAUUUCAACGAAUUGCUGCGAAUUCUGUGUAUCCAUCAACUGGGGAUCCGAUCGCUGCCUUACGAACAGCAGAGAGAUCGGGUCAAGCAGAUCUUCAUCUAUCGCGCCAAAGUGGCGCAGAUGCUCGUGGACUCGUACGUCAAAGGAUACAUCCAGCGCUGGAGACUACGCAGAGCACGUCUAGCUCAAUUGGCACUGCUGAAGGUGGACAGAUCGACGUCGACAUCCGAAGACGCAGGCAUUGAAUGUGAUCCACCGGCGAAAUCUCCGACCAAAGAGAUGGAAACCCAAACGGAAUUCCCGAAAGACCGACGACACCGUCACCAUCAUCGCCAUCACCACCGAAAGCAUCGAAGUCAUUCCAAAGAGCCCAAACGAGGGAUUGAACUGCCGAUCUCUGAUGCUCAAGCUCCAAAUUUCACUGUUGUGCCCGAUGAAGAACCGACUUUACCGAUUGCUGAUGCUUCCGAGCAACCUCAAGCUGGCCAAAACACACGAGAAGAGCACAUCGAGUCGUCUCCGAGUCCCCAGUCGAGUUCGCUUCCUCCUGUCUUGCCGCCGUUGGUGAUGAAGCGCGCGCGUGAUCCAGUCGUGUUGUCUCCUCUCGUGAAUUCGCACUCGACAAAAGUUCAUCCGUCCUAG